AUGAAUAUAAAUAGUCUGGUUUCCUUUCCAUCUUAUACAGCAUUGGGCAAUACUGAGCCGUUACAGCUAUGGCAUCAACAACUCCCGAUAUCCGACAAUGACAAUGACGACAAUGAUAACAACAACAACAAGGAACCUACAGCACACAUUGAUUUCGUUGAGGAUGAUCUUAUCAGCUCCAAAGUGAUUGAAUUACUCUCUCCCAACCUUGCAGAGACAUACAUCACGUGCCCUUCCAUCCCUGAUCGCACACUUGGUAUCAAGCUUCCAUUCAUUGUUCUCUUGGCAAAGAACCUUGGCAAAUACUUUUCUUUUGAAGUUCAAGUACUGGAUGAUAAGGGGAUUACUCGGCGAUUUCGUGCAUCCAAUUACCAGAUGGUAACACGAGUCAAACCUUACAUUGCAACCAUGCCUAUGCGUCUUGAUCCAGGAUGGAAUCAAAUCGUCUUUGACUUGGCAGAUUAUGUGAAGCGUGCAUAUGGCACCAAUUAUGUCGAGACAACCCGUGUCACCAUCCAUGCCAACUGCCGAUUACGUCGCAUCUACUUUACCGAUAGGCUUUAUGCCGAAGAAGAAUUACCAGCAGAAUUCAAGCUGUUUUUACCAAUUCAAAGAGGGGCAUAA